GGCGAGCAUGCGGAGAGAGGGAGGGCGCGAUAGAGAGAGAUGCUGGGGGAGUUACCAGCGGAGAGACACGGUGGAGAAAUGGAGCGUACUUUUUGGUGAUUGAGGGGGACCUACCGUGCCUCCCGCGGCAGAAGCGGUAGUUCCCGCCCCAGGACAAGCAUCUGUUCCCAAAUUUAACCCCGGGUGGUGGGACAUAUCUGGAUAUUUAUUGGCUAAACAUAAAGAAAAUCGUCUGGAACAUCAGCAAGACAAUCCCGGAAAUAACAGACGUACCCUCAGCCGGUCACGUAGGCUUCUGGAGCUUUGCGUUACAUAUAGAAACAUCUCAAGCUUUUGAAUAUCAGAAAACAUUUCAAUAGAAGACAAAUGUCGAACCAUUUCAAGAAAAAACACGAAUGAAAGAAAAACGGAGACAAGGAGACUUUUUAAUAUGAAACUUUCCAAAGCUGUGGCACCGCUCCUCUCUCGCAGCCUCGGCAGUUGUACUGCACACUCGCUCUCGCACAGUGGCUCUCGUAAAAAAUGAGGCAAGGACGUGGGCUACGUGCACAUCCAGCACUAGACGAGAUGAAAUGGAGAGCUUGGAACACACGGACCUUUUAAAUCCAAGCUCUUCCCACGGACACCACAGUUUUUCAGCCUCGCAUGAGAGAGUGACAAACGGUGAACACAUAUUCGGAGCUGCUGAGCUUCACCCUUUCCAGACCAACAUGGGACUAAAUGGACUAAAUGGACUAAAUAGAUACUGCCCGGGCACGGCGCCGGUUGGGAUAGCCACGGCCGCGGAGUUACUGUCAGGUCUGGCUUCCAAAGCAAGCUCUUCCGGAAUCACGGUUUUAAAGAAGCAGCCGAAUACUGGGCUGCCAUUCUAUAACGGCGGGAUCGUGUCUCAGUCCGCAACCAUUGAGGGCAGCCACAGUGGGGUUUUGGCGCAAACUCCCAAUGGUUGUCCUCCGCAAGUGAAGGGGGUGGGGGAGGCACCGAAUGGCCUUGCGCAACCCCUCGGCAACAGAGCACGCGUCGUGGAGAACGGGGACAGAACACAACAUGAGAAAUGCGCUCUUCUAGUGAAGAGGGCCAAUGGUGACCCACGGGUCAAACAGCUGCACCAUCAGAAGCGGAGAGGCGGGGAGAACCUGGACAUGGGUUCAGAGACGCCCAAAGGGUGUGGCUUGUCAACAGGGUCAGGUUUAGGAUCUCUUGGUAUGAUGGCCUACGGACCAGGAGAGUCGAUAACCCCGGACUGCAAACGGAGACUAGUGGCGGAGAGCGACGUUCACAAAACGGAGCCCUCCAAACCAGGCAAGGCGGUCCCGGUUGCUGCUAACGGCGACAACAGCAUCAACAAUAACCAUAGCUACCACAAACACAGCGCCACCCCUCAUCCCCCUUUGCCAGCCCCUCACAACAACAAGCUGCACCACAAUGUUCACAAGGUGGCGCUGCUGAGCCCCGGGGCCAUUCCAGACCAGAUGUCCCCAGUAGAGGCCAACAGGAUCCCGUCUCUACAGUUACAGGCCGGGGCGGGCUGGUCGGCGGAGCGUAUCGCCCAGCAGUUCAUCGUGCCCUGUAUGAAAUCCUAUGGUAUCUGUGUGAAGGACAGUUUCCUGGGGCCACGGCUGGGUGAGUCGGUGAUGGGCGAGGUGGAGAGUCUGAACCGCAGCGGGAAGUUCCGCGGGGGUCAGCUGGUCAGCCAGAGGAGCAUCCCUUCGCGGAGUAUCCGUGGAGACCAGAUCGCCUGGGUGGAGGGGCACGAGCCGGGGUGCGAGGGCAUCGCCACGCUGAUGGCACACAUCGACGAGGCCGUGAUGCACAGCGCUGCCAACGGGCAGCUGGGGGACUGUGUCAUCAACGGGCGCACCAAGGCUAUGGUGGCUUGUUACCCAGGUAACGGCACGGGGUACAUCCGUCACGUGGACAACCCUAACGGUGACGGCCGCUGCAUCACCUGCAUUUACUAUCUCAACAAGAACUGGGAUGUCAAGGUUCAAGGAGGUCUGCUGCAGAUCUAUCCAGAGGGGAAGAGUGUGGUGGCCAACAUAGAACCGCUGUUUGACCGUCUGCUCAUCUUCUGGUCCGACCGCAGGAACCCACACGAGGUUAAGCCAGCCUACGCUACACGCUAUGCCAUCACUGUCUGGUACUUUGAUGCCAAGGAGCGGGCCGAGGCCAAAGAGAAGUACAGAUUGGCAACCGGACAGAAAGGUGUUCAAGUGCCAUUCACUCAAAACAACAAAACCUAAAUCUCGUCCAAUACCCCCGAGUGCUUCCUGGACAUGCAUGUGCCUACCCGCGCUGCUAUUGGACAUCUUAUUCUGAGGGGAGACGCUGUAAACCAUCAGGCCCCGCCCACUCUGGCUCUGUCAGUCAUCUGAAACAGCUCUUGAUUGGCUGUGAGGAGAUACGGCAGCAUCUGAUUGGGCGGUUGAGGGAAAGAGGGCGGAGAUAGAACAUGGUAGAAUCCGUUUUUGAAUGGAGCGAGGCAGGGUCAGACUAACUCAGGUGGCAUAAGAGCCGAAGGGGAUGAAGAUGACUCCUCUUCAUCAGAGAAGUCCAAAAUUCAUUAGAGACAACAAACAGAAUGGAAAGACUUGUUUUUCAGUUUUUGCCUUUUCAGUAAUCAGUGCUGUUAUAAUAUAAUCAGAAAGCAAUCUUCUCUGCUCUCGCAAACUUUCCAGCUCAGUCAGAAGAUAAGGGGUAACAUACAAUAGUCUUUUGUCCAAUCAGAAAUCAGGCCUAAGGAGACAGGAGCACCCUCUGUGGGGUCGGAGGGAAACGAUUGCAUCCGGUUUUCAGGGGAAAUGGAAAGAGAGCCUGUGACGCGACUUCUGCUUUUGGAUGUUAACAAGACGACACUCCAUCUUAACUCCUCCUCCACAUUUACUAGAUUGGUACAACAGUGCAGAAGAGAACCUCCCCCAACAUGUGUUUUUCUCUCACUAGGUUCAAACAGCACAGUUAAGGAAAUGUGAUUGGAGGUCCUGACCAUCACACACAUCGUGACACAUCCAGCAUGUUGCCUCAGCUACAUCCAGCCAUCAAUCAACAACGCGCCGUUAAAGAGGAAGUGACCUCACAGGAAAUUGUCCUUUACAUAUCAUACAGUAGUGUGGCAUUCAGCUCUCCCAGCAGUCUUGUUGUUGGACACCCUGUUAGGGUAGCCACCUGCCACCAGUGUGCAGAGAAGACUGAAGACUUUCUUUAACACAGAGAAGCAUGAAGACUCUCUUUAAUAACUCAACUUUAACUAAACUAGUCAACAGAAAAAAGUGCUUUCACAGCCUCAUCAAUAAUGUUUGUUCAUGUGACACAGUGAGAAACAUACUGAAGAAUCGAAGGAGUGUGUAAUGUCAGAAAGCAAUGUAACAAGUCCAAGAGCGUGUCUUUGUUUGUGACAUUUUUUGAAGAAGGCACCUACACAAAGCUCACACAGACACUUCCAUGAAAACACUGGAGCCUGUGCAAGACAUCGGUAGGCGGGUCGAAACAGGGUUUGCUGAAUGUUAUGGGGUGUAUUUUGUUGAUGUGUGUAGGACAGUGUAUGUGUGUGUGUAUAUACGUGGAUGCGCUUGACUUUGUGUGUCUGUUACAGACUGGGUAAGAGAGAAGUAAAAAAUAUCACUUUUCAUAAAUGCUAUCUGUGAAUGAUAACAAUGGACAUUUAGAAAAUGCUUUUAUGCUGUGGAUAAUAUGGUUAUUGAUAUGCAAUAGUGACUAAAACAAUGAGAACAACAAAUGUUGCCUAACUUUUUUAUAAUUUUGCAGUAUUGAAUUAAAACGUGUUUUUGUACAAGAA